AUGGCAUUACUAGAGAGAAAAGACAUGGGGGAUAUGAGCAGCAAUAACAAUAGUAGUACAGGCACUGAAGUUCCUCAGAACAUGACUAUUUACAUCAACAAUCUCAACGAGAAGAUCAAAAUCGAUAAGUUGAAGGAAUCGCUGCACGCAGUGUUCUCGCAAUUCGGGAAGAUACUGGAGAUAUUGGCAUUCAAGACAUUGAAACACAAAGGGCAAGCUUGGGUUGUUUUCGAGGAUGUUCAGUCUGCCUCUAAUGCUAUGAGGCAAAUGCAGUCUUUCCCCUUUUAUGAUAAGCCCAUGAGAAUACAAUAUGCAAAAACUAAAUCAGAUAUUGUAGCAAAGGCUGAUGGUACUUUUGUUCCACGUGAAAAACGAAGGAGGCAUGAGGAAAAAGGGAAAAAGAAGAAAGAUCAACAUGAUGCUAAUCAAGUGGGAGCGGGUCUGACUCCUGCUUAUGGUGGCGCUUACGGGACAACACCUCCUCUAUCACAAAUACCCUAUCCAGGUGGUGUGAAAUCUAUGGUUCCCGAGGCUCCAGCUCCACCAAAUAACAUUCUGUUUAUUCAAAAUCUUCCCAAUGAGACUACUCCAAUGAUGCUGCAAAUGCUCUUCCAGCAGUACCCCGGAUUUAAGGAGGUCAGGAUGGUGGAAGCAAAGCCAGGGAUUGCCUUUGUAGAGUACGGAGAUGAGAUGCAAUCAACAGUUGCAAUGCAUGGACUUCAAGGAUUCAAGAUACUACAGCAGAAUUCUAUGUUAAUUACCUACGCCAAGAAAUAG